UUAAAGUUGCAGCAAGGGGGGUAUGAUCAGAUUUUUUUUUCUUCUUUUACACCAAGGAGCAGGGGAGUUGCUAUUUUGUUCCAGAAAAACUUACCAUUUAAAGUCACACACUGCAUUAAAGAUAAAUUAGGACGGUAUGUCAUUAUCAAAGGUGAAUUGUAUGGAGAAGUGAUUGCCAUUAUGAAUGUUUACUACCCACCUGGCCAUCCUAGUGAAUUUCUAGCUACAGCAUUCUCUGAAUUAGCCGAUCUCAAUGUCAGGAAUAGUUUUGUAGGAGGAGAUUUUAACUGUCAUUUAAACCCUUGUAUUGACAAAUAUCCUGCAGGGCGAUUGUCCACCUCUCACCAUUCUAAAUUCAUUAAUGCCCUUUGUGAGGAUCUAGAUUACAUAGAUAUAUGGAGGGCCCAACACCCAGCGGAUAAAGAAUAUACCUGUUAAAAAGGCCACAUAGUGGAGUUCUGUUACCAGACCUUAUUUGGUAUUAAAAUGGGUCAUGUGACUUGUCACGUAGUUACUUUCUUUUCAGUCUAAGCACCGCGAGUAUGGGGAUGGAGUAGCAGCUUAGGAGGUCUUUCUUGUAUUGAGGCAGUACCAUGCUAUUAUUGCUACUACUGUACAAAGGUCUUAUUGUUAUGGUUAUAAUUGUAGGCUAACAGAUAUACCGUUGUAUGUUGGUCAGCUUGAUUACACGUGUGAAUCACGUUUCUUAGGCAUGGUGAUAUGCUGUCUUUUUUUUUGGCCUCAAGAGGGCGCUUGUACACUGUAUAGUUUAAUAUGUAUUGGAAACAUUACAUAGUAUGUUAAUGGAUACGAUUUUCUGUGUGCUUAACUUACAGAACCACACACAAUAAUUAUGCAAUGUAAGUGCCUUGUGCUGCCAACAGUUUAAUACAAGAAUAAGAAGAAACUGGCUGUCUGGACCUUCAUUCUUAUUUCAUUCUAAUCGGAUGACCCUUAGUGUUCACACCCAUCCCGAACUAUCUUUUCUAUAAUUUUUGGUGCCGAAACCCGGGAUCGGUGAUUACUGAGGAACACGAUGUUUGGAGGCCAAGACCAGCUUGACCCUGAGUCAUCGAUGCACCGCCGCACCAUCCGCCCACCGUCUCACCUGGAUGAAUUUGAAGUUGAAUAUACUGCUCAUCGUCGUCAGUUCGGUGAUCAGUUAUCUGUGGAAGCAGAUGAUGCUCAGGAUGCGGAGCAUGCGACAACGCAAGGUCAGGCCACUGAACCUACACCUGGAGGAGGAGCUGGCAGGGCCAACAGAAGUACUGUGUAUACUCCCUUAGAAUCUGCACCUACUCUUUCAGGUGCAGACGCACACAGCACGAUCCGAGCUUUGAGUGAGCAGAACAGGAUCCUUAUGGAGGCAGUUAAGGCCCUGACCGACAAGAUGAAGAAUGAGCCAGCAGCUGGUGCUACACCACGCCAGCAUCUUUCAUUCACAUCUCAAGCAGCAUAUCAGAGCUUGCCUUCCUAUCCAGUGAGGCAUAAUGCAUCUGCCCCCAGGCCACCCUCGCCAGUCUAUAGCCCGCUCAAUGUCCAUCACACGCAGCCACCAAGGUAUCAGCAUCCUGCCCGUGCCAUGUGGUACCAAGGUCUACCACCACCCGCUCCAGUCAAUCAGACAGCAGAACCAUGUGUGUUUGAUUAUCUCACAGAGGGUGUGGAACACCUGAACUUACAUGCUCCACAUCCACCUCCACCACGCCAGCGGCAAGACAGGUCUGGCGCUCAUGAUGAACGUUCAUAUAGGCCUGUACAGCACAGCAGGACACAUUACUCACCGCAACAGCCACGUUCUCCACCCUCCAGCAUUAGUAGCCAUUCUCGCUCCCCUUCUCCACCCAAGACAGAGAAAAUAUACAGAGGCCCUAAGCCAUCCAUACCACAGUUUACCAGCGAUGAUCCCCGUCUAUUUACAAGACUGAAGCUGGCCCUAGAGAAUCUACUACCAGAAGAUGCCACAGAGCGUUUUAAAUAUCAGGUUCUGGUGGACCACUUGAAAUUUGAGGAUGCUUUGCUAAUAGCUGAUUCAUACUGCAACUCAGACCACCCUUAUAGUGACACUAUGCGCUCACUGAUAGAGCACUAUGGUCAGCCCCAUAAGUUGUCACUCAGGAGGAUAGCUGAGGUAAUGGAUGGGCCAGAUAUCCGCACUGGAGAUCUCACAUCAUUCCGCAGAUUUGCACUGAGAGUACGUGCCCUGGUGGGAAUGCUGGCUCAGAUGGGUGAUGAGGGAACAAUUGAACUCCAUUGUGGCUCUCAUGUUGCCAGGCUCCUAUCUAAGCUACCACAUUAUUUGCGCAGCAAUUUCAAGAGGCAUAUCCACCCAAAGAGGCGACCUGUGCCUACAUUGUUGGACUUUGCUGACUGGCUUGAAUUCGAACUGGACGUACAAGGUACAGAGAUCAAGACAGGCCGUGCAGACAGUGGUGAAGCAGCCAGAAAGGGGAACGAUAAGAAGGCUCGUAAGUCGGCGGUACAUACCACCACAGUUUUAAUGGGAGCCCAAUCCCCUCCAAGGACGCCGCAGUCCACCAAUGCACCCACUGCAAAGUCUCCAGACUCAGUGAAGAUCUACUGCCCCUAUUGUGAGAAUGACUGCCACUAUCUCAACCAGUGCAGCAACUUCCAGAUGCUAGCAAGUGAUCAGAAGACAGCCUGGAUUAAGACCAAUUACAGGUGUUGGAGAUGCGGUCGUAAACACCAGGCAGCUAAGUGCCGUCUGAAGGCCACAUGUCAAACCUGCAAGGGCAAACACCUGUCUGUGCUUCAUGAUGUUAAUGCUAGACCUCAGAGUGAAGGUGAGAAACCACAAGUAUUGGCAAAGCCAUCUACAGGAACACUCUACCUAGACAGGCCAGACCACAGUAAUACUGUUCUGUUGAAGGUAGUCAAAGUACUCCGGUAUAAUGGUCCAUGCACAUUAACAACUUAUGCCAUUCUGGAUGAUGGAUCUGAAAGGACCAUACUGCUGCAUGAUGCUGUUAAACACCUAGGCUUAGUGGGACAGCCAGAGGACCUCUCACUCAGGACAGUGAAGAAUGAUGCACAGGUCAUAACAGGAGCGAAUAUCACCUUCACGCUUUCACCCGCCUCACAGCCGCAGAGGAAGUUCAAGAUAACGGGUGCCUUUACUGCUGAACAGCUAGGGCUUGCCAGUCACAGCCAUCCAGUAGCCAAGCUUUGCGAUAAGUACCAUCACCUUCGAGACCUCCCACUCCAGCCCCUCGACAAUGUUCAGCCACUGCUGUUGAUAGGAUCAGACUACCCCCACUUGAUUACACCAUUAGAGCCAGUACGGUUGGGACCACCAGGGGGACCAGCUGCCAUUAAGACCAGGCUGGGCUGGACACUCCAAGGACCCACGAAACUGCUCCAACACCGCUUGUCUCCACAGCAGUGCUUGUUCACAGCUAUGACGUCGCCCUCUAUAGAGCUGCGUGAGCACAUCGAGAAGCUGUGGCAACUUGACAUAUUGCCUUAUAAGAGUGAGAAAGAGGUGACCCGUUCCAGAAGUGAUCAAGAGGCGGUAGAGCUGCUGCAGUCCAGGACAGUCAGAGUGGAUGUCGAUGGUAUCCUCAGAUAUGCAACACCGCUGCUGAGGAAAAUAAACAAAAUACAGUUAAAGGCUCCCCCUCAAGCGGUUCUGCCACAGUUACGAGGGACUGAAAAGCGCCUGAACAAGAAUCCAGAGCUGGCUAAGGUGUAUAAUGAAGAGAUCCGCAAACUGGAGGAGUCUGGCUUUGUCACCAGACUGCCAGCCGACAUGGUGGACCAGUCCCCUGAGUCAUGGUACAUACCACAUCAUCUAGUUUGCCACAACGGGAAACUUCGGGUAGUUUUUAACUGCUCCUUCCAGUACCAAGGUUGCAACCUUAACGAGUGUCUGUUGGCAGGGCCUACUCUUGGUGCAAGUCUCUUUGGUGUGUUGCUUCGCUUCAGGGAGCACACGGUUGCCUUUGCUAGUGACAUCAAGGGGAUGUUCCACCAGGUGCGCCUGUUGCCUGAAGACAAACCCCUCCUCCGGUUCCUUUGGCGAGACACAGUCCGUGAAGCCCCAGUGACCAUUUACCAGUGGAAUGUUCUUCCAUUUGGCACCACGUGCAGCCCGUGUUGUGCAACAUUUGCCCUUCAAAAGCAUGUCAUUGACCACAGUGACCCACAUGAGGAUGUUCGCAACGCAGUGGAGCACCAUUUUUACGUGGACAACUGGCUGCAGAGCUGUGCCACCAUGGAGGACGCCAAAAGUUUGGCUGACAAACUCAGAGUUCUACUGGCAGAGGGGGGCUUCUCUUUGCGACAGUGGGCCAGCAAUGACCCACGGGUCAUCAGUCAUCUACCGGCUGCAGACCGCUCAGCCAACACAGAGCUCUGGCUUUCCCAUCAGCAGUCAGAUGCCAAGGAGUCAACUCUGGGAUUGCAAUGGCAGUGUCAGAAAGAUAUCUUAACCUACAACUGUCGUCAAUUGGAGAGUCAGGUACCAACUAUGAGGGUCAUUUACCGUAUCCUGGCUAGUCAGUAUGAUCCUCUGGGUUACAUCAUCCCAUACACCACCAGGGCAAAGAUUCUUGUCCAGAAGCUUUGGGAGAAACCUAGAGAUUGGGAUGACCCUCAUCUGCCAGCCGACAUCCUGCAAGCGUGGCAAACAUGGGAAAGUGAGUUGAAUUACAUGGAUAGGAUCUCCAUCCCCAGAUGUUAUGUCACAACUGCCUUAGAUUCCCCCCAUACCUGGAGAGAUAUCCACAUAUUCUGCGAUGCCUCUGAGCGGGCCUAUGGGUCGGUAGGUUACCUUCGUACAGAGGAUGCCUCUGGACAAGUACAGGUGGCCUUCCUAGCGGCCCUCUCUAGAGUAGCGCCAAAGUGGCAGUUGUCCAUGCCUAGACUUGAGCUUUGUGCAGCCCUCACAGGAGCUCAGCUUGCAAGAACGCUCAGAAGAGAGCUCACAUUGGACAUACGCCAGGUUUACAUGUGGACCGAUUCAGUCACUGUACUGACCUGGAUUACAUCGGAAUCGUGUCGAUAUAAAGUUUUUGUCGGCACACGGAUUGCUGAAAUCCAGGAGCUUACAGACCUCCAGAUGUGGCACUAUGUUCCCACAGACUCUAAUCCAGCUGAUGAUCUUACCCGUGGUAAAACCCUCCUGCACCUGUCAGAGCCAUCACGCUGGAGUCAAGGCCCAGCCUUUUUGUUGCAGCAUCCUGACACCUGGCCUGUAUCUCCCCAGAUCGCAUCUAACAUUAGUGAUGAGGAGGAGAGGAAGCAGGUGUUCUGUGUGCACAUGGUGGUGGAUAGCAGUGUGCCUGACAUCACACAAUUCCAGACUUUCCAUGACCUUGUCGAGGCCAGAGCACAGGACCUUCAUGGGGCGGCCUCACAGCUAGGAGAUCAUCCAGCGGAGACCUAUAAAGGUGCGGAAAUCAGCCUCUUCAGAGAUGCUCAGUCAGUCACUUUCGCUGAGGAGAUCAAAGCUCUUUCUGCAGGGAAACCAGUGCCAUCUACAAGCAGACUCCUCACCUUGUCACCUGAACUGGAUACUGACGGGCUCCUGAGGGUUGGUGGUCGCCUGCGCAGGGGAGAGGCACUGGAUCACGAAGUGGUACACCCCGUAGUACUAGACCCCAAACACCCCCUGACUACUCUUCUUAUAAAGCACUAUGAUGAGGAGCUACACCACCCUGGGGCGGAAAGAGUUUUUGCAGAGCUGAGGCGGAAAUAUUGGGUAUUGAGAGGUCGAGAGGCCAUAAAGCGACAUCAGCACCACUGUGUACAGUGCCAGAUGUGGAGAGGAAAACCAGAGGUUCCAAGAAUGGCUGAUUUGCCCCCAUCCCGCCUCCGUUUGUUCAAACCAGCCUUCUACUCUACUGGUGUUGACUGCUUCGGCCCAUAUACCAUCCGUGUGGGUCGUCGUAGUGAGAAGAGAUGGGGCAUAAUAUUUAAAUGUUUGACUACAAGAGGAGUGAGUCUACCUAGACCUGCUGAAUAGCAUUGACACUGACUCGUUUUUGAUGUCGCUCCGCCGGUUUGUCUCACGGAGAGGGACUCCUUAUGAGUUGUGGUCUGACCAGGGGACAAACUUCAAGAGUGGCCAGAGAGAGUUGACAGAGGCGUUUGCCGCCCUACAACCCAACUUGCAGUCCUUGCUUGCUAAGCAGCAAAUCAAGUUCCUGUUUAAUCCGCCUGGAGCCCCUCAUUUUGGAGGCACCUGGGAGCGAGAGAUUAGAUCUCUGAAAGCAGCCCUCCAUACAACACUUGGUGGUCAGUCCGUCACAGAGGAAGUGUUAAGGACAGUCCUUACAGAAAUAGAAGGUAUACUGAACUCGAAACCACUUGGCUAUGUGUCAGCUGACGUCGCAGAUGUUGACCCAGUUACCCCAAACAGCCUUUUGAUGGGGCGGCUGGACUCAUCCCUACCCCAAGUAGUCUACCCUGCCUCUGAAAUGCUGACACGGAAACGUUGGCGCCACAGCCAAGUCCUGGCGGACCAUUUCUGGUCACAUUUCAUCCGGAGGUACCUGCCUAGUCUUCAGCCCAGAAGCAAGUGGACCAAGGACACAGACAACAUCCAGACAGGAGCGGUGGUAAUGAUCGUCGACCAGCACCUGCCUCGGGCCCUAUGGCCAGUGGGUGUAAUAAGCCAUACUACUGCAGGAGCAGAUGGGAGGAUCAGAUCGGCGACAGUGCAAGUGAAGGACCGGGCCUACACUAGGCCGUUUCUAGAUUGGUUCACUUGCCAGCCCUGCCCGAGGACGAUAAGACUGACUAACCUUUAUUCCCUACAGGUCUGAUUAGAGUGUUAUGUCCUUUUCUUGUAGACAAAUUUACCGGGUAAAUUUGGGGGCGGCAUUGUUAAAAAGGCCACAUAGUGGAGUUCUGUUACCAGACCUUAUAUGGUAUUAAAAUGGGUCAUGUGACUUGUCACGUAGUUACUUUCUUUUCAGUCUAAGCACCGCGAGUAUGGGGAUGGAGUAGCAGCUUAGGAGGUUGUCUUCUAGUUUGUGUGCGUCCAUUAUUCAGUUUUUAGUCAGGAUUAAUCCUGACUCCAACAAGUGCACUGCCAAGGAGCAGAUGAGCAAGACGACUGAGAGAGUGGUGAAGCAGAAGACGUCAUACAUGAACCCCCAUGUAAUCUCCUUCAUCAGGGACCUCACUGAAUUCUAUUUGCUAACUGACUAGAUGCAGGACAACUGGGAUUCUGGGUCUCCAAGGUCAGGGGACCAUAGACCUUUAUAUCAAGUGGCAGGGGAAUGAGAUUUGUAAGAAGUUUCUUUUCAUUUUUGUUUUAAAUGUUCAUGCACAUGUUCAUUAUUGUUCAAUGUUUUAUUUUAUUUCAAUAUUGCCAUUGUGUUAAUCAUUGCUCUUUAAAACGUGCAAAUAAGGUUGGUUAUUUUUUUUGACCGUAUUUUAUCAAUUCACAUUAUUGUUCCAUCAUGUUAACUUUGGAUAGUCUAAUGGCGUGUCGUCCAUUAUCCCUAACUUAUGUUGUACCUGUUUUGUCAUGUUCCUGUUCACCAAAUGUCUAAAAUAAAUAACUGUUAACAA